UGCAAAGCAGAAGAGAUAGAGAGAAAAAAAAUGGCGGACCUCAGGAAAAUCUGUCCUGAGUCUUCGCCCUAUCGUGUCAGCAGCAUCUCACGGAAAACAUCUGCCCAGGGGAAGCUGUUCAUCCUCCUCUGCGUCCUUCUAGUGGAGUCCGGAGGAGCUACUACCCACUGGGUUGUCACGGAAGACGGAAAAAUACAACAACAAGUUGACUCUCCUCUGAAUCUCAAGCACCCACAUGAUGUUGUGAUCUUCAUGAGACAGGAGACUCGAGUUAACUACCUCAAGAAGCUGGAGAAGCAGCUGGUGGCACAGAAGAUCCACAUUGAGGAGAAUGAGGACAGGGACACAGGGCUGGAGCAGAGACACUAUAAAGAGGACUCUGACUGUGUCAUGGCUAAGGUGCCUCUGGGAGACCUGGACCUGUAUGAUGGCACUUACAUCUCCUUGGAGAGCAAGAACAUCAGCCCUGAAGAAUAUUUGGAUGCACGGUCACCUCUGCCUCCAGAUCUAGAGAGGCCCGACUGUGCCAAAGUAUUUGAGCUACCAUAUAGUAUCCACGCCUUCCAGCAUCUCAGGGGUGUGCAGGAGAGGGCGAACCUUACCUCCCCGCUUCUUUCAAAGGAGGAUCCCAUCUUCAGCUCUCUGUCUCAUAAGUUAGGCCGCAGCAUCGACGAGGUGGGCCAUCGUAUCCAUCAAGGUUUACUGAGGAACUCAUCAUCCUGGGUGCUGUAUAACUUGGCAUCCUUCUAUUGGCGCAUGAAGAACGAGCCGAGGAAGUCUGUGGACUGUGUGGUGCGUGCCCUGCAUUUCUCCCCAAGGCAGCACAAGGAUGUAGCCCUGGUCAACAUGGCCAACAUCCUGCACCGCGCCCACUUCUCGGCUGACGCUGCCAUACUAGCCCACGCAGCCCUGGACCUUACCUCAGACCUUUUCACCAGCCACUACACACUCGGCAACAUUUACGCUAUGCUUGGGGAAUACAACCACUCGGUGUUGUGCUAUGAGCAGGCACUGCAGGCCCAGCCCGGCUUCGAGCAGGCCCUGAGGAGGAAGCACGCCGUGCUCUGUCAGCAAAAACUGGAGCAGCGCCUUGAAGCCCAGCACAGAUCUCUGCAGCGGACACUGAAUGAGCUGAAGGAGUACCAGAAGCAACACGACCACUACCUGCACCAGCAGGAGGCACUGGACAAACACAAGCUGCUGCAGGAGGAGCAGAUCCUGCGCAACAUUAUCCAUGAGACCCAGAUGGCCAAGGAGGCCCAGCUGGGGAACCAUCAGAUGUGUCGCCUGGGCCAGCAGCAGCGCAACCUCUUCUGUCCCUUCGACCUCCCUGUGCGCUAUCACCGUGGCGAUCUGUUUGAGCAUGUCCACUACGUCCAGUUUGGGGAGGAGGUGUCAGUGGCGUCCAGUGUGGCCCUGGUGUCUGACCGCAGCUCCAACCAGACAGCGGCCAGCCCGCAGCUCCACCCCUCUGUGUCUGGAGACCAGGACCCGGCCGCCGCCCUCUGGGGCAACCGAAAGGAUCACAUACAGGACAUACAGCGGAUCCUGUGGCCUCGGAGGACUGACUGUGCUCAUGAGUUCCCCAGUGUCCCUCCUGCCCACCUGCUGCCCACUUUCUACCUCCCACCUGAAACACAAGGCCUCAGUCCAGUGGCGGCUCUCCUCUACGGGAGCAGCGGUCCUCCUCAGACUGUAGCUCUGCCAGACUGUGGUCCUGUGUCCCAGCCUCCUCCGGCCCUCCUGCCCGCCUCGCUGGACUGGCCCCUGGAGGAAAAGGAGCUGCCAGACUCCUUUGCCUCCCAGGUGCUGCAGGUACGCAGCGGAGGAUGGACGCUGGAGCAGAUUGGCUCCAGAAUAGCUCAAGCUUUGAAACAAGCCAACGCCCCCCGCUGGCAGAUCCACAACGAGGCAGCUCUAUUCUGGCGGGCCAAAGGCAACGGCAGCCGUGCCCUGCAGUGUCUGCGCCAGGCUUUGGGCUCUGCCCCGCCUUCCCACCGCCACCUGGCCCUCAGCAACGCUGCUAACCUGCUGCUACACCAUGGCUUGGCCACCCACGCACACACACUGCUGGAGCAAGCGCUGGCACUCAACAGCUCCGAGCCCCACACCCUGCUCAGCCUGGUGAGCGUGCAGCUGGCCCAGGGCAACAUGACGGGUGCGCUGGCCCUGUUCCGCCACAUCCUGGAGAAGGCGCUCUCCUCCUCCUCCUCCUCGUCUUUCACUGGCUGUGAGCAGUGUCGCGCCAGCUUACCUCUGCUGCGCUGCCUGCAGUUCUACCCUUUUCUCUACAACCUUUCACACCGACAGCCUUGUGAGGGAGCUGCCUGCAUGGCUGAGGAGGAUUUUGGCAUACAGCUGGAGGAGUGGGAGAGCAGCAGCGAAGAGAAGCAGGACCCUCUUCCAGUUUCCACCAUGGAGGAGUCGCUUCUCUUUGAGAAGGUUGUCCUGGACAGUAACGGGUCAGGCGAGGCGGCUGGCCAACAGCGGGCCUCUCCCUCUGCCUCAGGGGCCGCUAAAGCCUCCACCCCGUUAGUCGGCGUAGCGGAGGGGGAGGACGAGUGGCAGCUGAAAGAGGAUCUGAUGGGGGCUUUUGAGGGGGCUCUGGAUGUUGGAGGCAAACGAGGAGACCUGCGAGGUAUCCGGGUGCUAAAGAAUGACCGCGUCAUGGGGGCCCGCGCCGGUGGAGGGCCCUGCUUCGGAAACUGCGAGGACGACGAGGGGGCAGAGUGGAUCACCUUCCAGGUGAAGCGGGUGAGAAAGGCCAAGGUGGAAGGGGCAGAGAGUGUUACCGGCUCUGAUGAGUCGCAGCAAGGGGAGUCCCUGCCUGGAGGACACUCUGUCCUGGAGAUCAGUGGGCCCACUAUCCCAUCACCUGGCCCUUCAGGUCGCUGGAAAGACUACACCAGUCUGGGCUGGCCGGGGCCGGAGGAGUGCCAGCGGACGCGGAGGGUGGACCUCACUACUGUAGCUAGCACCUGGUUGGCUGUUUCUGCCAAGAACAUUGACAUCACGGAGCACAUAGACUUUGCGACUCCCCUCCAGGAGCCAGCUGCUGAGCCUUUAUGCAACGCCAACCUGGCUGCCAGUAUGCACACCCUAGACCACCUGGCAGGGGUGGCCAAUCGCGCCGCCAUCCAUUACACCGGUGAAAGCCAACUUCGGGAGGUCCUGCAGAAUCUUGGCAAAGAUAAGUUCUCCCCUCAGUCCUUCGAGCAGGUCGGCACACGCAUCGCAAAGGUGCUGGAGAAGAAUCAGACAUCCUGGGUCUUAUCCAGCAUGGCUGCUCUGUACUGGAGGGUGAAAGGUCAAGGCAAGAGAGCCAUCGACUGCCUGCGCCAGGCGCUCAACUACGCCCCCCACCACAUGAAGGAUGUUCCCCUGAUCAGCCUGGCUAACAUCUUCCAGAACGCCCGGCUGUGGGAGGACGCCCUCACUGUGGCCCGCAUGGCGGUAGAGAUCGCUCCACACUUUGUCGUAAACCACUUCACCCUCGCCAACGUCUAUAUAGCAAUGGAGGAGUUUGAGAAAGCCAUGCGCUGGUACGAGUCGACUCUGAAGCUGCAGCCCGAGUUCGCCCCCGCCAAAGACCGACUACGAACCAUUCAGUGUUACCUGCUUACCAAGAGGGAGCGCCGCCAGCCCUGAGCCACUGAACCACUUUGAUCCCAGGAGUAGCUCACACAUAUAUGCACGCACGCACACACACACACACACACACACACACACACACAUACACACACACAAACAUGUAGACCACACUUAACUUGCGCACAACAGAACAGAGUGUAAGAAACUGUCGAGUGUUGUUUCCAGUGGGGGUUCAUUUGCUUCUUAUCCGAUGGAAUCUGGAAAUUCCUAUUGAUUUUUUGUCCCAAUUUUUAUGGAGACCCUUAAAAUAGCUUUGAAAAAUUACAUAAUAAAGCUGUAGAUAAUUUUGCCCCACGACAUAUCUGUUAAACAGAGGACCAUUUGUCACGCAAACAUCAAGGAGUUACGACUGUCAGACUCGGUUUUCCUCUGAUGUUCCUGUGAAUGACUGAAAAAUGAAAGGGAUUCUUCUUUUAAUUUCACUUUUACCUUCGUAUCCUUGUGCUGUACUUUGAUUUCAGUCUGUACUUGAAGAAGGAAUAGCGCACGGGCUCAUUCUUUUAAGGCAUUUUAGUAUUUUUUUGUGUGAGGAAACCAAAGGAAACUGCGCUCAAGGACAACACCACAGUCUCAUUACUUACAUGUGUGGCCUGGAGAUGGCGCCAUAUUUUUAAUUCAACUUAAUUUGAUGUUUUAAUGAGAGGGAUUGUUAUAACAAGUCUUUUUGUUCAGAUGAAACUGGAUGUGGUUCUUAAUUUGAGGUUAAUGGAGGUAGAAUUGACCAUUAGCCUGUACACCCUCACUGCAUCUGCAUAUAAAAAGAAUUGAAAUUCUCAGUUUUUGCACUUUUUUUUGUUUUCUAUAUUACAUCAUUCCUUUUCAUGUGGGACCUAUAAACUAUUUGAUUUUGCUCCAAGCAAAUUUUAAGUACAUUACAAAAGUGAUAAACUAAAAUAUGCUAUUACGUUUGCUUCUGAGCCUUUGGAAAUCAUCUGGCACUACAAUAUUUGCCAUUGACCAUAUAAAAAAAAAAAAAAAAAAAAAAAAAACCUAAAGUGAGAUCUGUAUUAAGUGUACAGUGUAUAAGGCCGUGUGUGAAUUCAUCAGUUCUGCAUUUCAGUGCAUCCAUUCAUUGUCUCUUUGGGAAAUAAAAACAAGGUGUUUGGA